GACCUGUGCUGUGUGACCUGGCCACCCCGGGGAAGUGCUGGUUUGGGGUUUGCAGCAGGAGGACCACUCAGAAUGAAAUGCAACAAGGAAGCUGCAGGCUGCACCUCACCCCUGACUUCUGCCGCCUCCCCGGGGCUUCGGACCCAUUCCUUCUUUGUGUUCAUGCAGCCGUGGCCCACGAAGAGCUUGGUGAAGAGAGAGGUUCCUUUAGCCCAGCGCCUGCAUGGUCAUGCCUCUGGUGAGGUUCCAGGACCUUCUGACACCGGAGUGACUUUUCAGAAAUGUGCGCUGGUGUCGGGGCCCAGUGAGUCACAGACCCUGCAUGUGCGACUGAUUGUGAACAACACCAGGACACCUGUGUCCACCAACCUCUCGGAUCUGCUACUCAUGGAUUCCAUUUCUGGUCUCAUCGUCAGGGAGUCAGUUGGAAAUAAGACUGGGGAUGGACUCCAGGCUUUCAAGAAGAGGUUUCUGCAUGUAGGAGACUCGUACUUGGUCAGCUACACCGCCUCACUGGACUCAGGAGCCAUUGGUGCUGGGGAGAGCCUGCGUCUCCCUGCAUGGCUCACCUUCCAGAGCCUGUCACCGAACCGAACAGAGCUCCAAGCCCACGUCACCCUAAUAGCAGAGGAAGAGAUAAGGGUUGUGCCCAGCCACGGUCUCCACGCAGCGGGCUUUGUGGCCACCUUCGUCCUGUCCUUCGUGCUGAGCUGGGCUGCGCUUUUUCUCCUGGUGCGCUGCCGCUGUCUACAGGGAAGCGCGCUGGCCAGGCGCCUGGAUAGGCAUCUCGAGAACAAGAUGGAGUCCUCACCGUUUGCCUUGGCUGAUGGUGUGAGCGAGGACCUGUCCCUUAAUGACCAGGUGGUGGCCAUCCUGACCUCUGAGGAUCCUGGGAACAUGCUUCAGGCCUUAGAGGAAUUGGAGAUUGCGACCCUGAACCGAGCAGAUGCAGACCUGGAGGCUUGCCGAACCCAAAUCAGCAAGGAUAUCAUUGUCCUUCUGCUGAAGACACUGACCAGCAGCGGCCACCUCAGCCCCCAGGCAGAGCGGACCAUGGGCGCCGCGUUCAAAAGGCAGUUUCUGCUGCUGGAAAAUGAAAUUCGGGAGGAGUAUGACCGGAAGAUGUUGGCCCUGACAGCUGAAUGUGACCUGGAUGCAAGAAAGAAGACAGAGAGCCAGUAUCAGAGGGAGAUGGUGGCGAUGGAGGAGGUGGAAGAGCUGCUGAAGCGCGUUAGUGAGAGGUCCGCGGCCGAGUGCAGCAGCCUGCUGCGGAGCCUGCACAGCCUGGAGCAGGAGCACCUGAUGAGGUCACUGGCUCUGGACCAAGAGGAAGACUUUGCACAGGCGCACAGGCAGCUGGCUGUCUUCCAGAGAAACGAGCUACAGCGCAUCUUCUUCACCCAGAUAAAAAGUGCGGUUUUCAGAGGGGAACUGAAGCCAGAGGCGGCUGAAAUCCUGCUGCAAGAUUAUUCUGCAAUCCAGGAGAAUGUAGAGGAGGUAAUGGACUUCCUCCAGGCUACCAAGAGAUACCAUCUAAGCAAGAGGUUUGGCCACCGGGAAUACCUGGUCCAGAGCCUGCAGUCCACAGAGACCCGAGUGCAAGGCCUCCUGAAUGCUGCGGCUGCUCAGCUGACGCUCCUCAUCCAGAGGCACGAGAGGGCGGGAUACUUGGAUGACGAUCAGAUGGAGCUGCUGCUGGAACGGGCCCAGACAGAAGUCUUUUCUAUAAAGCAGAAAUUGGAGAAUGACUUGAAGCAGGAAAAGAAAAAGCUCCGCCAAAAGCUAAUAAUUAAGAGAAGGCGAGAGCUGUUGCAGAAGUACAAGGAGCAGCGCAAGGAGCAGAUGGGCCUGGGCGUGGCCUCCCGAGCCCCGGAGGACCCCGGCCAGUACCUGCGCAGGUGGAGGGGCGUGAUGGCGGAGCAGAGCGCCGCCCUGGAGGAGCUGCAGGAGCACCUGGACCGCGCGGCCCUCGAUGAGCUCCAGGCCCUCACCCUGUCGCUGUCCGACAAGGCCACGGAGGAGCUGCGGCGUCUGCAGAGCUCCGCCAUGACGCAGGAGCUGCUCAAGCGCAGCGUGCCCUGGCUCUUCCUGCAGCAGAUCCUGGAGGAGCACGGGCGGGAGGCGGAGGCCCGGGCCUCGCAGCUGGAGGCCGAGGAGAGGGAGCGAGGCCAGGAGGGCAUGAAGGGCGUGAAGCAGAGGCUGCAGCACGACACGCCGGAGGCCUCCACGCAGGAGCAGGCCGAGCUGCGGCGCUGGGGGCACUUGGUCUUCACGAAGCUGCGCGGCGCGGCCUUCGCCGUGUCUGAGGAGGAGCUGUUCAGGCUGCGGCAGGAGGCCCACAGCAGCUUCGCCCAGAUGGAUCGUAGCCUGGCACUGCCCAAAAUCCGGGCUCGAGUGCUGCAGCAGCGAUUCCAGACAGCCUGGCGAGAAGCAGAGUUCCUGAAACUGGACCAGGCCCUGUCUGCCCCCGAGCUGCAGUCCAAGGCCAGAAAGCCACGGUCUAAGAACAAAAGCAAGGCAGACCUUCUGAAGAAAUGCAUCGAAGACAAGAUCCGCCUCUUUGAGGAGCAGGGCCCUGAAGACCUGGGAGAGAAGGUGCGGGGAGAAUUGCUGCGGGAGAGGGUGCAGCGGCUGGAGGCCCAGGAAGCUCGCUUCGCGGAAUCGCUGGUUGCUCUGCAGUUCCAGAAAGCAGCACGGGCCACCGAGACCCUGUGGGCCUAUACCGCCCUGCUCAGCAUCCAGGACUUGCUGCUGGAGGAGCUGAGUGAGUCGGAGACGCUGACCAAGUCAGCCUGCACCCAGAUCCUGGAGUCACACAGCCUGGAGCUGCAGGAGCUAGAGAGGAAGCUGGAGGAGCAGCUGGCGAGGCAGGAGGAGGCCCAGCAGCAGCAGUGGGGGACUGACGGACCCGGACUUCUGAGCGAGCCUGGGGAGGUGGAGCCUGAAAAGCAGAUCGCUGACACCCUGCAGCAGGCCCUGAGCAAGGGCCAGAAGCUGCUGGAGCGCCACCAGCAGAGGGUAAGGGAGGAACAGCAGAACAGUGCCAUCCUGGAAGACUUGCUGGAGAGCAUGGAGAACGACACCUUUGCCACCCUGUGCGGCCAGGAGCUGAGACUGACAUCUUACCUCUUGAAGAUGACCAUGGUGCCUGGGGCCACGCUGUGCCGGCUCCUCAGCCUGGUGCUGCCCACCGCCUCCCAGCCGCAGCUGCUGGGCCUGUUGGACUCAGCCAGUGAGAGUCACUCGGACCACACUGUGGAGAACGAGGCCGAUCUGGGCAGGAGGAGGAAGCACCAGGAGUGGUGGCAGGAUUUAGAACGCAAGCUGCGCGCAGAUCUGGUGAGCAGAGGCCUGGGAAGGAUGCUGUGGUCCCGCCAGAGAAAGGAGAGCAUACUGAAGAAGACGUGUCUCCCCAUCAGAGAGAGGGCGGCGUUCUCUGGGAAAGGAAGCUGGCCACACCUUCCCCUGGAGCCCCUUGGGGAGCCCGCGCCCAUCCCCAUCACGGGGGCCGAAACCAUCGAUGUAUUAAACACCGGUGAAAAGCUCUUCCUCUUCAGAAACCCCAAGGAACCGGACUUCUCGUUGCACAUUCCCACCAGGAGGAAGAAGAACUUCUUGAACAGCAAAAAGGCCAGCAGGGCCUUGGAGCAUCCUGGAGGGGUUUAAAGUGAUAAAGAUAUGUAUGUUCUCCUGAGUACCUGUGUGUGCGUGCGUGCGUGUAUGCGUGCGUGCGUGUGUGUGUGGAUGUGAAUGCUGAAACUGCUUGGAAUCUAUGAAUUGCACUUGAAGACACAGGGGCCCACACAUACGCAUUCCCAAGGACGCCGUUACCUCUGGCCUCAUGAAUUCCUGGAAGCCGCUCUUCUCUGUGUCACAUGGGGGUGUGUCCCACGUCACCAAGGAUCUGAGGAGACCCAGCCCCCACCAUGCCCCAGUGCCCUGCUCUGUGACACAGGUCUGUGUGUGACAUGUGUGUUACACAUGGUUUUUACAAAGGGAACUUUAAAAAUAAAUGUAUAUUGCAC